AUGCGCAGAUCAGCGCUUGGUAAAUCGGCGCCAACACUCUCCGCCCACGUGAAAGAGCAAUGCACGGUGUCACGUCGACCGUCGCGUCUGCCACCGCCACCGUCGCACCACAGACUUUCGCUUGUGGUGGGGUCGGGACGGUGCAGCUCGCCGGGCACGGGUCCUCUGUCUCCGGCGGAUGGACCGCGCUGGCCUCACCCACAUCACUCUCACCCAUUGCAUCACGCAUUGCUGUCGUCAAGCGUCAAGCGAGGCAAAGAGAUAAAUAAGGAUAUAGAUGGGAGAAGAUGGUCCGUGGCGUCGCUACCUUCUUCCGGUUACGGCACAACACCCGGAAGCUCUAGUCUGUCAUCGCAAUGCUCGUCCCAGGAGCGGCUGCUGGCGGUGCAGGCGGUGUGCGAGCCGCCUCGCGCGCCCUGCCCGCAUUGUCACCAGCACCAGAACUCGCUCAACAGUUCGCAGGGCUCCGGCAUGAACUGGGCGUCGCUGUCGGACAGCGGGGGCAGCGGGCACGCCCCGCGGGCUCCUUCACCUCGACCCACACCGCGGCGAGUACGCAGCCGCAGUCUCAGUUCACCGUCACGGUCGCCGGGAGGUGGGUCGGGCGGGGAAAGCGCGCGUGAAGAUGCCGUGACAGCCAUGUCGGCACUCUUCGCAGCCCGUUUCCCCGCCGCGCAGAAGCACAUGGAUGACAGAUUACGAGCUCUUAUCGACGAGUUGACGGAAUUGGACAAGAAGCCUGAUCGGCCGCCUAUUGAAAGAUUCGUACAAAGACAGGUGUUGGAAAUGGCACGCGACUGUCUGCACAAGUCCGAGUCGAAGCAAGUGACCAGCAGUUAUUUCUAUGAUAUGGCGGAUAGUUUGGACAGGCUACUUGCAGAGACGCGCGAGAAGUCCGGGGAGGCGGGCGCGCAGGUGGCGCCGCUGGUGACGCGGCUGGUGCUGGCCAUGGCGCGGCCGGCGCGACUGCUCGAGUGCCUGGAGUUCGACCCCGAGCGCUUCUACCGCCUGCUCGAGGCGGCCGAGGGGCACGCGCGGCAGGCACAGGGCAUCACGAGCGACAUCCCGCAGUACAUCAUCCACAAGCUGGGGCUGUCGCGCGACCCGCUCGCCGAGCUGCAGGCGCCGCCGCCACCGCCCAUGAAUUCCUCGCCCUCCAAGGCGCGCGGGCGUGUGUCGCCGCCGGGCGCACCGCCAGGCAGCGCGCCGUCGGAGGCGGACUACCACGUCAUCAAGCUCAUCUCCAACGGCGCCUACGGGGCCGUCUACCUGGUCAAGCACAAACUCACGCGUCAGAGGUAUGCGAUGAAAAAGAUAAGUAAAAACAAUCUCAUACUGAGGAACCAAGUGGAGCAGGCCUUCGCGGAAAGGGACAUCCUCAGUUUUGCAGACAAUCCUUUUGUGGUGACAAUGUAUUGCUCGUUCGAGACGAAACGGCAUCUGUGCCUGAUCCUGGAGUUCGUGGAGGGCGGCGACUGCGCGACGCUGCUGCGCAACGGGCCGCUGCCGCCCGACAUGGCGCGACACUACUUCGCGGAGGCCGUGCUCGCCGUCGAGUACCUGCACUCGUACGGCAUCGUGCACCGUGAUCUCAAGCCCGACAACCUCCUUAUAACCGCAACUGGACAUAUAAAGUUAACGGACUUUGGACUGAGCAAAAUGGGACUUAUGUCAUUGGCAACAAAUCUGUACGAGGAGUACGCGGAUCGUGAAGCGCGUCAGUUUUCCGACAAACAGGUGUGCGGCACGCCUGAGUACAUCGCGCCCGAGGUCAUUUUGCGACAGGGCUACGGCAAGCCGGUCGACUGGUGGUCCAUGGGAAUCAUCCUGUACGAGUUUCUCGUUGGUUGUGUUCCCUUUUUCGGUGACACUCCUGAGGAGCUUUUUGCGCAUACUGUAAAUGACGACAUUGAGUGGCCGUCAGAAGAGGACUUUCCGAUAGCUGUGGAGGCAAGGGCUAUCAUCACUGAGCUACUAGCCAGGAACCCCAGAGACCGCCUAGGUACUGGAGGCACACAUCAAGUUAAGGAGCAUAUUUACUUCUACGGUUUGGAUUGGAACAAUUUGUUAAGGCGGAAAGCCGAAUUCAUACCGCAGCUGGAAAACGACGAGGACACCAGUUACUUCGACAGCCGGUGCGACCGCUACAACCACAGCGAAGCCGACACGGACGAGGCGGCCGAGGCGGGCGAGGCGGGCGACGAGGCGCUGUUCGCCGCGUUCUCCUCCACGUCGCCGCAGUGGCGCCGCCACUACUCGCACUCGCACUCCGCCGUCGAACACGACUCCAGGAGUACGGACAGCUGGCCGGGCACUCCAGACAGCGCGGGCCCCCCCACCACGCCCACAGCGCCGCCGCACCACCACCCGAAGUGCCCCAUGGUGGGCGGUGGUUCGACGGCGGAAUCCUCGCAGACGGACUCGGACGACGUGUCGCCCGCGGCGCGCCGCCGGCCUGCGUUGCGCCCGCCUGCUCCCGCGGCUCCCCUCGCUGCGCACGCACUCACGCACGCACACGCACACCCGCACGCGCACGUGCACAUGCAUGCGCACGCACAUCCGCCCGUCUUGCCGCGCAUAACGGACACUUCGAAACGAGACGAUAAAGGCUUUGACAAAGUGGAUAAACCAGAAAAGUCGAAACCGAUUGCAUUGGGGGCGCCUAAAUCUAUGCGACGUUCCGCAAGCACUUCCGGACUGUCACUUGUUAUACAUCCAGCAGACGAGAUAGUUGCCAGCGGCGGGGCGGCGUCGCCGUGCGCGGGCAACACGUCCUCCACCAACUCGUCGCGCGACUCCUCGCCUUGCCGCGACCCCCCAUCGCCAUUCGCCAUCGCCAACCACUCGUUGAUUCAAUCGUCCAAGCCGCCAAUAGUGGUGCGUCGUGGACCACGUGGGUUCGGUUUCACUAUCCACACGGUGCGGGUGUACUAUGGUGACUCCGAUUACUACACAAUGCAUCACUUAGUUUCGGCGGUGAGCGAACAAGGCGCAGCGUGGGCCGCAGGACUGCGCGCGGGUGACCUCAUUACUCAGCUCAACGGCGAGUCUGUGCAAGGACUACUGCAUACACAGGUGUUGAAGUUGUUGUUGACGGCGCCACACGCCACCCUUCGUGCGACUCCAUUAGAUCAGACCACAAUUCAGGCGGGCGGGCGACGUCGCGCCGGCGGCAGACGCGCGUCGGCGCCGCCCCGGCCGCGGCCGCGUCGCCGAUGCUCGCUGUUCCGCCGCAUCUCCACCAAGCGCGCCUCGCAGGAGAUGCACCAGAUAGUGGCUGGUGCUGGCAGCGCCGAGUGCCCGCCCUCGCCCGCCGCAUCACCCGCCGCCGACAGCCCGCUCCACGCAAACACGCACUACCAGCGGCCGUCGUCCCUGCACGGGCUGAAGCAUAAACUAAGUGCGGGCGAAGUGCGCCGGGCGUCGCUGCAGCACAUGCCGCUGUCGCCGCUAGCGAGGACACCCUCUCCCUCCCCCCAGCCGCAGCCAGCCUCCCCCACUAGGCUGCAUCCACGUUCGGCGGAGGCGAAGUGCUCGAUCUCGCCGCUGUGCUGCGGCGUGGGCGUGUCCGUGGGCGUGGUGGGUGCGGCGGGCGCGGCGGGCGGGCGGCGCGCAGCGGGCUGGCGUGCGCCUGCGCCCGCGCCGCCCACGCCGCCGCCGCCCGACAAGCCGGACGAGCCGCCGCUGCCCCGCAUCGCGGAGGAGAAGGACUCGCCCACACACCACCCCCCACACUCCAAACUGCCCACUAGGACUCCAACGAAGGCGAACACGCCGAGUAUCUUCACUUCGUCGCCGAAGAGCGUGCAGAAGUGCGCUUUAGACGUGAACACUUCCUUUGCGUCGCUCUCGCUGUCUGACGAGUCGUUCCUUGACACUUCCGUCGACGCUUCCAACGUCGACACCUCUAGAGAGGUGCACUUAGAUGAAAGCAGAUCAAGCGUGGAAACGAGCAUAACUACAUCUGAAAUGAGCAAACAACUUAACACAACCUUCGAAACACUACCGUCCAUAAGUCAGAAUGAUACACAGCAAAAAACUAGGAAAAAAUCAGACUCUAGUCUCAAAGAUGAGGAGUUGAAAGUAAAAGAAAAAAGUAAAUCAAAGCAAGAAAAAUCAGAAUUAAAGAAACAGGACUCAAUAAAGAAGUUGGAAAAGACUGAAAUAAAAACGGAAGAGAAGCAGGUUCAAGAGACUCAAAAGGCUGAUGAGAAGUCUAAGAUGGAGAAAACGAUGGAAAGGGUCGGAUCAAUUAAGAAGUCAGAUAAACAGGACAAAGCGGAAGCAAAGAAAGAGAAACAAGAGAAAGCGGAAAUGAAGAAGCAAGAAAAAAUAGAAGCGAAGAAAACAGAGUCCGCUAAGAAACUUGAAGGCUUAAAGAGACAAGAGUCUGUGGAAAUAAAUAAGUCACCAGAAUCUUUGGAGCCGAACAGCGAGCAAGCGCGGAGCAGGAACAGCAUGGUGAGCAAGCUGCUGGGCGUCAUGGGGAGGAAAGCCGGCCGCGAUAAAGAGGACGAGGAUCAUCGUGGCUCCAAAAAAGCUGAAAAGCACACUAAGAAGAAGGGAAACAACCCACCAACCCCACAACCGGUAGUCGUGCCACCUAAACAAACCGAAACGACGCUUCCCGAAAGAAGUAACGAGAAGCAAGAAAACGUAGAAGACAAGAAGGCGAAAAAAGGACGCGGUCGCGCAUCUAGCUCCUCUUCAGGGGAGAAAUGA